AUGCAUCAAAAUCGUCUUGAUCAGGUCUCCCUUCUUCAAUAUUAUUAUCUUUUGGGGGAAUGGUUGAAAGCUCAGUUUUGGAGCUCAGCUACCAAAAAGAUUAUCCAAAUUAAUUUUUCUACUAGUGCUUAUCGUUAUACUUGGAAGGCAGCUUUACGCAAAUAUCAAUUGUAUCAUGCCCGGGAAGAAGCUCAAUUAAUUAGAGCAGCUGAAGUCGAUUAUAUUUUAGAGUUCACUCAAGAAUAA